AUGACAAUGCCAUCGGGAAAUGUGGUUUUAUCGGACAAAAUGCAGUUCCCUAGUGGUGGUGGCGGUGGGGCCGUUGGAGGCGGCGAGAUCCCCCAGCACCACCGUCAGUGGUUCCCAGACGAGCGUGAUGGAUUCAUCUCGUGGCUGCGCGGAGAAUUCGCAGCUGCAAAUGCCAUUAUAGACUCCCUUUGCCACCAUUUGCGUGCAGUUGGGGAGCCAGGCGAGUAUGACGUGGUUAUCGGGUGUAUCCAGCAGAGGAGGUGCAAUUGGAACCCCGUGCUUCAUAUGCAGCAGUACUUUUCCGUUGCCGAGGUGAUUUAUGCACUGCAACACGUUGCCUGGAGGAGGCAGCAGAGGUACUAUGAUCCUGUAAAAGCGGGGGCCAAGGAGUUCAAGAGAUCUGGUGUGGGGUUUAACAAGGGCCAACAGAGGGCUGAGGCUUUCAAGGAGGGACAUAAUUCUACCCUAGAGUCUCAUAGUAAUGAUGGGAAUUCUUCGGGGGUUGUGGCUCCAGAGAAAUUUGAGCGGGGGAGCGAAGUAGGUGAGGAAGUUGAGCCUGGUGGGGAGGUUGGGAAGUUAAAUGAUAAGGGUUUACCGCCCGCUGGAGAGAAAAAAGAUGCUCUUACGAAACCUCAAGAAGAUAGCAACUUGAGGAGUUUCGGAAAUUCCCAGGGUACCAUAUCGGAAAAUUCAGAACCGGAAGUUGUAGAAGUAGAUGGUUGCACCCCAAGCUCUAAAGUGAAUGAAUCACAUUCCAUCCAAAUUCAGAAUCAGAAGCAGAACCUUUCCAUUGUCCCAAAGACUUUUAUUGGCAACGAGACAUCUGAUGGAAAGACGGUUAAUGCAGUCGAUGGACUGAAAUUGUAUGAAGAUUUUCUUGGCGACACAGAAGUCUCGAAACUUGUUUCUUUGGUAAAUGAUUUGAGGGCUGCUGGAAAAAGAAGACAAUUGCAAGGUCAGACAUAUGUGGUCUCAAAGAGGCCCAUGAAGGGACAUGGAAGAGAAAUGAUUCAGUUGGGCAUCCCUAUUGCAGAUGCUCCACCUGAAGAUGAAAUUUCGGCAGGGACCUCUAAAGAUCGGAAGAUAGAACCCAUCCCUUCCUUGCUGCAGGAUGUUAUCGAUCGUUUAGUUGGGAUGCAUGUUAUGACUGUGAAGCCAGACUCUUGUAUCAUUGAUGUCUAUAAUGAGGGUGAUCAUUCACAACCUCACACAUGGCCGUCUUGGUUUGGAAGGCCUGUUUGUGCGCUCUACCUGACAGAAUGUGACAUGACUUUUGGGAGAGUAUUAUUAAUGGACCAUCCUGGGGAUUAUAGAGGCUCCCUCAGGCUCUCUCUUACACCUGGAUCCAUCCUGUUGAUGCAAGGGAAAUCCGCAGACUUUGCAAAACAUGCAAUACCUUCCAUUCGCAAGCAACGGAUACUUGUUACUUUUACAAAGUCACAACCAAAAAAAUCCAUGACGAGCGAUGGUCAACGUUUUCCUGCACCUGCUCCAGCCCAGUCAUCUUACUGGGGUCCACCACCCAGUAGAUCUCCGAAUCACAUUCGCCAUCCUACUGGUCCCAAGCACUAUGCAGCAGUUCCAACUACUGGUGUAUUGCCAGCCCCACCAAUACGUUCUCAACUUCCACCUCAAAAUGGCAUCCAGCCAUUGUUUGUGCCUGCCCCGGUAGGACCAGCCAUACCUUUUGCUGCAGCAGUUCCCAUCCCACCUGGGUCGGCUGGAUGGCCAGCAGCUCCCAGGCAUCCUCCGCCUCGCAUCCCUCUUCCUGGCACCGGAGUUUUCCUUCCUCCCCCAGGUUCGGGUAACUCAUCAGCUCCUCAACAGUUGCCGGGUACUGCAACUGAAAUGAGCCCUACUGUUGAGACUCCUUCCCCGAGAGAUAAGGACAAUGAGUCUGGAAAAUCCAACCACAGUACAGGUGCUUCUCCAAAAGGAAAAUCGGAUGGGAAAGCUCAAAGGCAAGACUGCAAUGGAAGUGCAGAGGGGACUGGCAGCGGAAGAACAGCCGUUAAGGAAGAAGAACAGCAGACCUCUGACAAGACGGCAGCAAGCAAUCAGGCUGGAGCAGUUUAG